UUUUCUUUCCAAGGUGGCUCUCAGUUUUCCCGUGGUCGGCGUAAAAUUUCAUUUUUGAUUCUCACUUGCGGAAAAGUUGAUAAACAGUGCUGGCUAAUUGCUAUUUAACGUCAUUAUGCUGUUUUUGUUGCAGUUUCCGAGAUUGGAUAUAUUUCAGAUGAAUUGGUUUUCAGUGAAAAUUUUGAAAUUUUCUUACUUGAUGUGAGCAGAUACUGGGAAAAUGGGAGUUAUAUUUUCCCGAUUCCGGGCUAAACCUUCAACUAAAGAGCUUUUGGAGGACCUUCAGAAGGAAAUUGAUGCUUUAGAAGAAUAUAAACGAAGCACUGAAGUUCAACAAAAAGCAAUUGUUGGAUCUCUUGUAUUUUAUUCCGUACUGCUAUACAUUAUCGUAGCCUGUGUGUUUCUCUUCUAUUCUUAUCCAAUAACAACUAAAGAGCGCAUUAUUUAUGCUAUUCCUUUUGUCAUUUUUCCAUUUUUACUUUAUAUUUUAAAGAAAUUUCUCCAGUGGUACUUUCUUCAGAAAAUACGACAUAAUGAGGAAAAUUUACUUGAACUCAAAAAGAGAAAAAAGUCUUUAUUGGAAUUUGCAAUGGAAACUGAAACUUACAAAGUUGUGAAAGAAUUGCUUGAAAAAUAUGAUCCAGCUUAUCACAGAAAAAUUUUUGAACCCAAACCUGCUAUCGAAGCACCACCAACACCAUCUUUAAAAGGGUCGUUUGGUGAAAUGGAAUUGAGGCGACGUAAUGUUUCUCCAAGAGGAACUUCUCCUAGUCCAUUGGGAACUCCUGGCCAAACCUUGACUAUAAAUGCCUCUGCAGGUGCUCCGAAUAGUUUACAAUUUUUUACGGGAAAAUCCCCCACUAACCCUCUUUACCCCACUGCAUUUUUCCCAAGAGGUGGUCAGCAUUUUGUUCGACCACCUGCACCUCCUAUGCCUAGACCAGUUUUGCCUCGAGAAAGAACUUUUAUGGAUAGACUAGUUGAUUAUUUGGUUGGAGAUGGGCCAUCAAAUCGAUAUGCUUUAAUAUGCAGGCAGUGUCAAUCUCACAAUGGAAUGGCUCUUAAAGAAGAAUUUGAAUACGUUGCUUUUAGGUGUUGCUAUUGCUUCCAUUUUAAUCCUCCAAGGAGCCAGCAACCUCCACCUCCCAGACUGACCUUACCUGCACCUCCUCCAAGUGCUCCUCCUGCUAUCACUGAUGGACCUUCAUCUGAAGCAGCAUCUUCAAGCAGUGAUGAGACUGAAAUUGAAAGUGUAAGUGAUGUUGACAGCUCUAUAAGUAAAAAUGAAGACAAAGCUGACACGAGUGAAACAAAAGAUUCAUCGAAUCACAGAUUAAGUGUGAGCUCAGAAAGUGAAAUACAAGCAAAUUUAGUGGAAGAUCAGCCUUAUUCCACACGAGCUGAAAGUGAACCUGAUAUUCAUAAAAUUUUAAACAGUGAGGAAAGCUCUUGAAAUUCUGAAAAAUUCUUCUAUAUUCUGCCAACAAUUAGUUAACUGUAUAUAUAAUAUUUUUCUAUAGUCAAAAAAGAAAAUGCUGUACUUAUUCGCAAUUAAUUGGUUAUUGCACAGCAUAGCUAUUUUUACACUUUUUGAAACUUAAAAAAUUUUUAUAAACUGAAGCUUGCAUUUUUAUAAUAAAUUUUGGAUUUUUUUAAUGGCAUGUCAUUUCUGGUGGUGAAAUGCAAUAGUUUAGUUCUUUUUUUAUUAUUAAAAUAAAAGUUGCUUUUAUUUAUAGAAAUUCUAUUAACCUAACAUUAGCUUAAAUGAUGAUUUUAGAAUUGUUUAUUUUUUUCCAUGAACUUCAUCCAUAAAUUCUGGAUCCUCAGAAACAGGCAUUGAAUGCUUAUUGAUUUAUUACUUUCAUUCUUGCAACAUAUUGUUAAUCAAUGUAGUGAGUAUUUAUUUUAGCUCAAUCUGAAUGAAGAAAAGACUUACUAGCUCUAAGUUAUAUAUGAUAUUUAGUUAGAUAUAUUAUCUUAUAUAGAAAUUCUCUGUGAUUCGUUUCCUUGUUAAAUUAUUUAUAAUAGAAUAAAUAUAUUUAUAUAUACUAAUAUGCAUCUUAUUUUACUUCCAAUUUACUCUGCAGGUUCAGAGAAUUGAAUGCAAAGUACAAUUACAAUCUAUAAGACUUAUUUUUUAAUAUUGUACAAAUUAAUGUAUCUGACCAUAUCUAGUAAUUAUGCAGGAGGGAUUUUUACUGAAUUUUGUAUUAUUUCUGUUUAAUAAUUUUAUUUACUUUAACUGUAAACUUAAUGCAUUGGAAAGAGUAACACUUCAUGAAUUUUCAGCUGUUAUAAUUUAAUUUCUGUAUUCAUUAUUCUGCCUUAACUGUAACAUUUAAAAAACUGCUUCAAUUUGUAUCGUCCAUCUUCAUUGUGGAUGGCACGAAAUUUCUUUUAAUUAGUCAUAUGAGCCAAUGAUUUUUUUAAAAAAAUUUAUGUGAUCUAUAAUUAAAAAAGGCACUUGCAAGUAAUUUUUUUUUUUUUUUUUAAUUCUGUUGAAACAGUUUUGUAUUAAAUUGUCUAAAAUUAUUUAUUCAAACAAAUGAAUAGCUAUCACACUAAGAUUUUUAGUAAUGUUUUUCUCUAUUUGUUCCAUCUGUUUAUCUAAAAUCUUGUAGUAGGUAAUAAGAAAUUUUGUGUGACUGUCAAGUUUUAUGAUAAUGUUUAUUUUACAUUAUAUAAAAGUUUUUUUUUUUUUUUAAUUAGCUUGCAAAUAUUUUCCUAGGCAAAGGAACUGAUAAUGAUAUGCUUUCUUUCACACCUUUAAAAAAUUUUACAAUGUUUUCAUUUCAUUUACUGAAGUACUGAUAGGUAACAAAGUUUAUCUUAUCAUCUGGUUAGAGCAGAGUGAUCAUAAUAGUUUAGAAUUCCUCUCAUUUCUUCCAUUUACAUGUGGACUGAUAUGUUAAUUAGUUUUUUUUUCUAUUGUAUUAACUCUUGUGUUCAAAUGAUAUGGGUCUUAAUUUUCUUUAUUGAGGAGUUAUUGUGUUUUGCUCCUAGAUUUGUUUUAUUUAACAUUACAUAAUGUGCUUCCUAUGUCCUUCAUAAUGAAAACUUGUUACUUCUUCAUCUUAGCCAAUUUUCCUAUGCAGGAAAUCAUAAUUUGUAUGUUGGUUUAGAAGGCUGUGUUAUAUUUUCAAAUGUUGUUUUCAAGACUACAUAAAAUUGCACCUGCAUAAAAUGUAAACACUUUUUUAAAGAACCCGUUGUCAGUUUAUUCGUGCUUGGAGUGUCUUAUCAUUUUAAGCAUUAUAUGUCUAUAAUCUUUUUUUUUUUAAGCAGCAUUAAUUUGGAUGCUUAUUAAAAACCAAUAGAAACAAAUACGGUAUGUUUUAAUUUAACUUUUUGAAGUUUUCUGUAUCCUGCCUCUACAUAUAAAUAUUGUUUUCCUCCUCUUUAAAAUUCAAGAUAAUUGUUACCUUAUGUGAUAUUUUGUUGCCAUUUCCGAGAUUAGAUCAUGAAAAUCUUUGUAUUUUGUCUAUUAGAGGUUUUAUUUUUUUAUUUGGAUUAUUUAUAGUUACUAUGAAUAUUCUGUGAAAUGUUUCUGAAUGCAUAAAAAAUGUGUAUCAAAAUCAAUGUCUUCAUAUUUUUACUAAUAUUUUUUGUGUUGUGAGAUAAGUUUGAGCAAUCUUCCAAGACAUGAAAUUAUUUGCAGUUAUUCAUGCAUGAUCCGUUUCAAGGCCCAAUAAAUCCUUGAUUGUUAUCAA